AAAUCACUUAAUAAAUUACAUGAUUAUAUGUAUAUGGAGGUAUAUGUAUAUAUUUGUUUGAAUAACUCACCCUAUUUGGAAAUUGAUUUUUGUUCUAUCAAGUGGAGCAAUCGUUGUUUUGGCUAAAGCACCUGCUAUAGCACCAGCAGUCAGACUUGUUAUAACUAUUUGGGUGAAUAAUCUCUCUCUUCUCUCUAUCUAAAUGAUGUCCAAAGUUUUCAUCAGAGAGUUGUGACGUGUUUAUAUCAGAUUAAUCUGUUUUUAAUAUCCAGAAUGGCACGUUACUUCAAGGAAAAGGAUAUAGAUGAAUUCAGGGAAUGUUUCUAUUUGUUUGCAAGAGAAGGAAGCAUAAAAAGCUUGGAUGAACUGACGAUCAUCAUGAGAAGUCUAGGACUAUCGCCUACAACUUUGGAAAUGACAGGAUAUUUGAAACAAAAGGGCGGCAAGAUGACAUUUGCAGAUUUUCUGGAAGUGAUGCAUAUUCAUUCUAGACUUGAAAACAUCCCCAAAGAGGUGGUUGAUGCUUUCAAAGCUGGUGAUCCAGAAGGAAAAGGGGUUAUAUCAGCCAGGAAUCUUCGACAGUUGCUCCAAAACUGGGGAGAAUGUCUGUCAGCAAGAGAAGUAGAUAGAAUUUUUAGAGAGGCGAAUGUCAAUAACAAUAGCACAGUAAGGUACGAAGAUUUUGUGAAGAUUGCCUGUGCACCCGUACCAGAUUAUUACUAGUUUGCAAGUUUCAUAUAAGUAUUUAUUUGUAUAUACUUGAUAAUAUUCUUACCAGUUUUGGGAAAACAACUAUACCAGUGGUAUUGGUUGGAUCUAUGGGACAAGUUACACAACACAUUCAACAUUUAUGUUUCUUAUAAGAUUAGAUUAUUAAUUCCAUUGUUUAAAUAAAUAUUAAUACACAAUAAAAUUGAAUAAUAACUGUGAUAAUAAUAAUACGAAAUAUGAAUUAAAAAUUCACAUAGAACAGAAAACAACAGAGUUGAGAGACACAAAGGAGAAGAAGAAGAAUGAACUGCACGAAGUGACAUCUACAUUUGACAGAUUGUCAGAGGUCACGAAACAGAAAGAACCGAACGCAACCGAACACAAGAGACACACGGCAAGUGUACGGCUAGUGCAGUAGUAAAUUCUGGUUGAUGUCACUGUUCAUGUCCUGUAUGUGUUAACAAGGAAGAAUUAGAUAAGAAGAGAAGAGGUUAACCUCUCUUGAAAACGCAAAUCCGUGAAUUUGGUUUAAAAGAACGCCGAUUUUUGUAAUCAAAUAUUUUAAUUCUGCUACUGUGAAAUAAAUAACUGAAACAUGUCGACUGCUAUGCCAAUAAAUCCCAAACCAUUCCUCAACAGCUUGACAGGUAAAGCUGUAUUGGUGAAAUUGAAGUGGGGUCAUGAAUAUAAAGGAUACUUGGUCUCUGUUGAUGGAUAUAUGAACUUGCAGUUGGCAAAUACAGAAGAAUAUAUCGAUGGAAAUUCUACAGGUAACUUGGGUGAAGUUCUGGUGAGAUGCAACAAUAUCCUAUUCAUCAGGGGUGCUGAGGAAGAAGAUGAAGAAGGCGAAAUGAGGGACUAGCAUUAGUGAAAGUGAAUUUCUUGUAUGGGACGUUUGAAUAUAAAAUAUCAUGUGAGGGUCUUCAGUGAAAGUGAAUAUGCUUUCAGGACAUUGUCUCUGACUAUAUUAUUAUAAUUCUGGACUUUUAAAAUUUAUGAUGUAUCAAAUCAUCUCAUAGUGAUACCACAGAUUAACAAAGGUUUGUUAAUCUGUGGUGAUACAUUUAUAGAAUCAAAUGAGAAUUAUAUGCCUGUAGUUUUGAGAUCAUGUUAUUACAAUUUGAGAUUUCAUUUCCCACUCUGCUUGUGUUUACAAUUUUUUGUAUAAUAAAUGAUCCAAUGAAUUUGCAUAAUUGUUUCCCUUACUGGAAUACAAUGAAAACCUUGACGA